CACCAGUCAUCACCAAACCGACCCAUCAGUUGUUCAUUCGGACGACUCGAGCAACCAGCGUCUCUUCCUUAUCACGUCCCUACCACGUUACUACGUACUCCUACGUCGCAAUGGCCGCAGCUGCAGCACCAGCCAGGCCCACGAAAGAAGCGCUCCCGCCUGCACUGGGCGCCGUCUCCGAGCCCCCUCCCCUCUUCGAUGGCACCACCAGACUGUACAUUUGCUACAUCUGUCCGUUUGCCCAGCGUGCCUGGGUUACCCGGAACUGCAAGGGUCUGCAGGACGAGAUCAAGCUGGUCGCCAUCAAUCUGGAGGACAAACCAGCAUGGUACAAGGAGAAGGUUUACCCACAGGGCACGGUGCCUUCCCUGGAGCACGACGGCAAGGUCACCGGAGAGAGCUUGGAUUUGAUCAAGUACAUCGACACCAAUUUCCAAGGCCCGGCAUUUCUCCCUCAAGAUCCUGCUAAGAGGCAGUUUGCUGAUGAGCUGAUUGCUUACGCUGACGCCUUUACCAGAGCACUCUACUCGCCCUUGAUCUCCCAAGUGGCCAUGUCAGACGAAGCUGUUGCCGCUUUAGACAAGAUCGAAGCUGCCCUGUCCAAGUUCAGCGACGGCCCGUUCUUCCUUGGCCAAUUUAGCUUGGUGGAUAUUGCGUACGUGACGAUCUUGGAGAGGGUUCAGAUAUACUAUUCCCACCUGAGGAACUAUGAGAUCACCAAAGACAGGCCCAACCUUGAGAGAUACACCGAGGACAUGAACAAGAUCGAAGCAUACAAGCAAACCAAAAAUGCCCCGCUAACCUUGCUUGAAGCUGCCAAGAGGCAUCUCAAGAUUGCUUGAAGAAGCGGUGAUGUCGCCAAGGAUAACGGUCGCUACGUGGGAACGGUCGCACCUGAGUUGGCGAAGACUGAACUCUUAUCACUGGGGCUUCUUUUCCCACCAUUAUCAUAAUUACCUAUUUACUUUUAUAUGUUUUCUUCCCAAUAAGUGACUUCAUGUUGUAACCUGUAAGGGCUAUGCUUUUUAUAAAACAAUAACAUACUCCAUCUUGUUUUUAAAUAGUCUGAACUUUGAAUUGCUUACCACAUGUGUCACGUGGUGUACUCCUUC